AUGGCCCAUCGCUCGAGCAGAUGGGUGGGAACAGCUCUAGAGAGGCUGCUGCAUGCUUGCCAUGCUAUCAGAGAUGUGAUCAUCCUUCUUUCGUCAUUGUCGAGAACUAAUUCGAGUGGUGGAGAGGGCCGCCGCAAGUCCGAAAGAUGGUAUUCAAAGAUAACCGAUAACUUUGAGUGCCUGGAACAGGUUACUGAGGCUCUUGCACAAGCUGGUCUUGAAUCUUCAAAUCUCAUUGUCGGUAUAGAUUUCACAAAGAGCAAUGAAUGGAGUGGUAAACACUCUUUCAAUAAUCAAAGCUUGCAUCACAUUGGUGCCUCUUAUAAUCCUUACGAACAGGCCAUUUCAAUCAUCGGCCGGACUUUAUCUCCUUUCGAUGAUGAUGAUUUAAUACCAUGUUUUGGUUUCGGUGAUGCAACUACACAUGAUCAAAGUGUCUUCAAUUUCAAUCCCGAUUUGAGGCCAUGUCAUGGAUUUUCAGAGGCUUUAUCACGUUAUCGAGAAAUUCUUCCACAUUUACAAUUGUCAGGGCCAACAUCCUUUGCUCCUAUAAUUGAGACAGCAAUGAAUAUUGUGGCAGAGAGUGGAGGACAAUACCAUGUUUUAGUGAUUAUUGCUGAUGGACAGGUUACAAGAAGUAUAAAUACGGCACAUGGACAAUUAAGUUCUCAAGAACAGAAGACUAUUGAUGCAAUUGUAAAAGCUAGCGAAUUCCCAUUGUCAAUUGUUUUGGUUGGAGUUGGUGAUGGCCCAUGGGACAUGAUGGAGGAAUUUGAUGAUAAUAUACCAAACAGAUUAUUUGAUAAUUUUCAGUUUGUAAAUUUUACAGAAAUUAUGACAAAAAAUAUGUCUCAAAACCGAAAAGAGACUGAAUUUGCACUUGCAGCAUUAAUGGAAAUACCAUUACAAUAUAAAGCAACAAUUGAGCUUGGCAUCCUAGGGUGA